GCAGAGGUGGCGUAGGCGGAGUGUCAGGGAGCCAGCUAGGACGGCGCAUUGUCCAUGUCCGCAUCCGUAGGGCUGCUCUGGUGCAAGCAGCGCCCGGGGUUUCGAACAGCACGAGCUCUCGACGGCUCUGGCCAGUCGCAAAUGCGAGGCCUUGCAGUUUGAUGAUCGAGGCUGUUCCUGGACGAGGAGCAACGCCACAGCCUGCACGCCGAGGUCAAAUUCAGCUGCGAGCUCAUCCGAACAGCGCACAAGCACACGACAAGGACAGAAGAAGUUAGGGGUCUUCAUAGUUCGUGAAUUAUGGAGGAAGAUCACAUUUUGGGGAGCCAGCAGCUGCCCCCUCAAGAAAAUGGUUCGCCUGCGGCAAAUCCCACGCAGGAAUCCGGUGCAGAUUUGAAGAAGAAGAAGAAGAAGCCGGCCAAGGUGGCUGCCAUAGAGGUUAUAGAAAGCAUUGGUGGAAUUCAGCUGAACCCUGGCAAGGAGGAGGACGGAGAAGGAGACGAGGCCGAUGCCGAUGCCGUAACGGAGACAGAUGCAGCGAAGAAGAAGAAAAGUAAGAGCAAGAGCAAGAAGAAGAAAGGACUCGUACAGACAGACCCACCGAGUAUACCAGUCAAGGAUCUGUUUCCAAAUGGAGAAUUUCCUGAGGGCGAAACUCAGGCAUACAAGGAUGACAACUUGUGGAGAUCAACAUCGGAGGAAAAAAGAGAGCAGGAGCGACUUGAGAAGCCCAUGUAUAAUGCCGUGCGCCAGGCUGCAGAAGUGCAUCGUCAGGUCCGUUCUUACAUUAAAAAGUAUGCAAAACCGGGUGUUGCCAUGGUUGAUAUUUGCGAGACUUUGGAAGACAUGGUGCGGAAGCUCAUUGUUGAAAAUGGCUUGAAAGCUGGCAUUGCGUUCCCAACUGGAUGCUCGCUGAACUGGGUUGCAGCUCACUGGACGCCCAAUGCUGGCGAUAAGACGGUGCUUCAAUACGAUGAUGUCAUGAAGUUGGAUUUCGGUACCCAGAUUGAAGGACGUAUUAUCGAUUGCGCCUUCACUGUUGCUUUCAAUCCAGUAUAUGAUCCUCUGCUUGAAGCAGCUCGUGAAGCUACGAAUACAGGAGUUAGGGAGGCAGGAAUUGACGUCCGGCUGGGAGAUAUUGGAGCCGCCAUACAAGAAGUCAUGGAGUCUUAUGAAGUGGAAAUUGGUGGAAAGACGUUUCAAGUCAAAAGUGUGCGGAAUCUUAACGGACACAGUAUUGGUCCUUAUCAAAUCCAUGCCGGUAAAAGUGUGCCGAUUGUCAAGGGCGGGGAGCAAACAAAGAUGGAGGAAGGAGAGUUUUUUGCCAUCGAGACCUUUGGAUCCACCGGCAAAGGAUUUGUGAGGGAAGACUUAGAAUGCAGCCAUUACAUGAAGAAUUUCGACGUGGGACAUGUGCCACUUAGACUGCAAAAAGCCAAGCAGUUGUUGGGAACCAUCGACAAGCACUUCUCUACUCUUGCGUUUUGUAAACGAUAUUUGGAUCGUAUUGGAGAGACAAAAUACCUUAUGGCGUUGAAGAACUUGUGCGAUCAAGGUGUUGUCCAGGCGUAUCCACCUCUUUGUGAUAUUAAAGGAAGUUAUGUUGCCCAAUUUGAGCACACUAUCUUUCUGCGGCCUACUUGCAAGGAAGUUUUAUCUCGAGGAGACGACUUUUAGUUGGUUACAGCGUAGAUAGUCAUGAAUUGCCAAGGACUGUGUGUAAGACGUGUUUUCGGAAACAGAACUCAGUUGUGUCCUCACCUGUUACGAAAAGUCAGUUACAAGUAUCCUUUACCUUCUUAUAUUUUUGGGGACAGACUUUGAAAGUGUUCCUGUAUUGUACAAACUGUGUGCACGAUAGUGUAAGCUUUGCCACGUAGUUUACUCCAUCUAAUGGCCUACUGAAGAUAGAGGUUGAGACGGUGCUUAGUAGAUCACGGUUAGGUAGUGUAAUCCUUGGGGAAAAGUUUCGCAUUCUCUAUUUUUUCAUCAGAGAGUUGAAUGAACAUCUACAAAGUUAGCUGUGACUCCAAGAAUGGAGAGAUGUUGGUGGAGAUUUGGUCAGGAGGCUUUGGAUCUCUUUAAAUUGAAAAUGAACAUUUUUUUGUAUAUCAACGUCAGUAAUACUUUAAUUAAGGCUGGCCAGCG